AUGGUUUCUGCUCUGAGACAAGUGAUAUCCAACGUGAGAGGUGACGACACUUCAUCAUCGAACUCGGCUUCAUUCGAAGCUCUUGAUCAACCUUUGGACGCUGGCCCUUGUCCUCUCUGCAGUAUCACCGGUUGCAAAGGUUGUGCAUUCCCACGGCAUGAAGAGAUAAAGAAGGAGGAGAAGCACAAAGGUGUGAGGCAAAAGCCAUCAGGUAAAUGGUCGGCAGAGAUAUGGGAUCCGAGUUUGCAAGGAAGAAUAUGGCUUGGAACGUUUCCAACAGCUAAAAUGGCAGCAGAGGCUUACGAUGAUGCAGCGGCUAAGCUUGUUAACAGAAAGACAACAAUAAGAGGCACCAAGAAGGGAGAGGGAGCAUGA